CGGAUAUUCAUCCAGGCGGAGGCGAGUACCUAGGCUAUCGCGGACUGAAGCCGCGGAGUUGAGGAAUUGCACUCAAUCAUAACUCGGGCACUGCAGAGAACACGGAAGAAGUUAGAGAACUCAACCCACAAGGCAGCAAUCGCUAUCAAUCAUGGCCAAGAAGCUCACCCCCACGCAGUUCGUCAAGGCGGUGUCACGGUCAUUCAUGGCCGAGUCCGGUCUGGAGCCGAGAUUGCUCGGAAAACAUUUCCGGGUCCUAAGCGCAACUGAGGGCAGAGUCGACUUUGAGCUUGACAUCCACAAAGACCACACAAACCGACUCAAGAUAAUACAUGGCGGCACCAUUGCGAGCAUGGUCGACCUCGGCGGCUCCCUUGCCGUAGCCUCAACCGGCCGUUUCGCAACUGGCGUGUCAACCGAUCUGAAUGUCUCGUAUCUCAGCGCCGGCGGACGCGUAGGCGACACUUUGAAGGGAACAGCCAUUUGCGACAAGAUCGGCAAGACCCUGGCAUAUACUACCGUGACCUUUACCAAUAGCAAGGGACAGUUGGCUGCUCGAGGAAGUCACACAAAAUAUGUGAACGGCACCAUGGGUGAGGCUGGUCCGUUCGUGGCUCCGCCCGAGUUCUCAGAGGAUGUGGAAUAAACGAGUUCAUCUCAACAUAGUUACAUAGACAAGAUAGAUCAAAUAUUACUACACGCUCAUAUAGGUUCCAUCGGAC